UCUGCCACUGCCGUGCUUCUGCCUUGCAGUGAAACCGGGAGCCUGUCCCUUGCAGCUGAGGGGCUCCAUGGGGCCCUGCCCAGACGUGACUUUGCAGAACUGCAGCCACGAUUUCGACUGUGAGGAUGCUCAAAAGUGCUGCUCUGUGGGCUGCAACACUGUCUGCCGGGAACCGGAGGCAGUGCGCCCCGGAUCCUGCCCCUUAAGGGUGGCAGAGAGCACGGCCGUGGAGUGCCUCUCCUUGACCUUCUGCGUGAAGGACGACGACUGUGCGCAGGCCCACAUGAAGUGCUGCUGGCUGAGCUGCGGCUGGGUCUGCCUGCCCGUCGCAGGUGUCCCCAUGAAGGAGCCCUUUCCGGUUACAGGGACUCCAUCUCCUGAGCCUGUUCAGAAGGAAACGGAGGAGCUGAUGGAACAUAGGAAAGCUGCAGACGCAACCUCUAGGAACAGCUCUGCACCUUCAGCCGAGGAGUGA